GGCGGAGUUUCGCGGAAUCAACGUCACAAACUUUCUGUUUUUCCUUUUGAGCACAUUGCUGGCGAGGCUCAAGGAGAAACGUGGCAGAAAUUCAGGAGUGGUUGCUGAUAUUAACGUCAACAAGUGUAAAGGUAAUGGCUGUUGCUGUCUCAAGGGAUCUGUCAGUACAGGUGCUUGAGGACCAGAAUACAGUUAAACUCACUGACAGACAACAAUAUUUGCAUGAUGCUAAACAACGUGGACAACCCAAAUGUAUUGGGGUGAGUCAGGUGGUGCUGGGCCUGAUGAUCAUGUCCUACGCUAUUCCACUGCAUUUUAUAAACCACACUGAGGUGGUUUACCUGGGCGUGCCAUGGUGGAGUGGCCUAGUGUUUAUAACAGCUGGAGUUGUUGCCAUCAUCUUGGACAAACACUGUACCACGAGGACUUUUCAGGCAUCUUUGGUGGUGAAUUUUGUUUCCACAGUGGUGUCAGUUAUUGCUGUGAUCACGUAUUCUGUGGAUAUGGACAAACAUCCAGGGGCAUCAUGUGUCAAGAACUUGGAUGGCAGCUGUAACAUUAACUUCUACACCACACUCCUGACCAGAGGGUUGAAAUCCUUUCUACUACUCUUCACCAUGGCCCAGACGACCGUCUCCGCCACGCUCUGCUUCCAACUCUACAGACUGAAGUAUACUUUUGGAUUGUACAGUUUUUUCACCGAAGCUGCUUCAUCUACUUCCAGAACGCUCGCCUGACCAGUACCGAUUAAUCAGGAAUCUACAGACUCACUGUUCAUACUUAUUGUACACAAUCCAAAUGUACUAAUUUUGUUUUUUUCUUUUCUUCAUAAUUAAGAAAUCUGUCAAUUAGUAAGCGAUAUAACACAAGUAUAUAUUUGUAAUUGAUGUUCUUACAUUGUAUAACAUGUAUUACUGUUCAUUUCAAUAACUUUAAUUUGAUACUUUUUGUUUCAAUGUAUAUAUAAAUAAAGCAUUUAAAA